GUCGAUGGCCGGCCGUGGCAAGACGAUCGGCGGCACUAUUACUGAUGAUGUCCUGUCCCAUCCAUCCAGCCAUCCAUCCAUCACGGGAAGUCGACGAAAUGACUGCAUUGCCCAUUGCCAUUGUUGGUUUUCCUGUUGGCGAAGCCACCAUACAUAGGGUAGAUACAAUGACGACGUCUUCAGCUAACACUAACCACGCUGGUCUCGACUCUCACACACUCACACACACCCACCCACCCUCCAUAAUGCCAUUCCACCGUCCGCAAAUGGACCGUGGAGCUGCGUCUGCGUCUGCCGGGAAACGUAAAGACCGGAGAACUGGGCAGACGAGAGAGCGUGGAUGCUGGACUGGACUGGAAAGCUGCUGGACUGGACUGGAAAGCUGCUGGACUGGACUGCCACUGCUACUGCUAUAAAAGCAGGCGGGCCCGCGCCUCCUCCUUGGUUGAAUGGAACAGAACAGAUCCAAUCCACAGCUUACAGUCCCUCGAUCUCAAGACCAAAGAUCAAGACCAAAGACCACAGACCAAGCAUUCCUGCCUCGACAAACAUCCACACCCCCACAAACACAAUCACCAUGAGCUCCCCCCUCGACCAGCACGACCUCCACGGCCACCACCACCACACGGCCACCACGACGACCACCACGCAGUUCACCGACCCCUUCGCGACGACGACGGACACGCACACUGCGCGGCGUGCGAGCGAUGGCAGCGUCGGUGACGGCAUGACGCCGGUUCCUCUCGCCAAGCGUGACCGCAGACUAUCCAAGGAAUGGGAUGCUGCCCUAACUCCGCCAUCGAGGUUCCAGCACGUCGAGGGGAGCAUCUUUGCCACGCCCGCGUCACGAGACGGCCACGUCCAACGCAACAAGAUCCACGGCUUCAAGGAGAAAGUCCUCGAGCUGUCGGGCGGGAGCAGGAAGAAGAGCACCUCCUGAGUUCGAGUCCCAAGCCGCAGCCGCCAAUGCGCCAUGCGCCGCUUUUAAUCUAGCUUAACGGUCAUCUUUUACUUACUUGCUUUCUUGUCGUCUUGUGGUUAUGGAGUUGCACUUGCUUUUUUUGUUGCCUUUUUUGUUGCUUUUUGUGUUUGCUUUUUGUAUUUGCUUUUCACGGCUUUAUCCGGAUGAUGGUUGCUUUUUAUCUGUCGCUUCGCUUUUCCUGUCGUUUCCUUGCCUUUCCUUGCUGUAUUAGUAUUGGUACUUCUUGGCUGUUAUGAUUGCCUUGUAUUGUGCAUCUUCAAUCAUGAAUCCAUCUUUGACUUUGGCUACGGUACUUUGGCCAGUGGCUACCCCGCACAAAAAUGAAAGUCGAUUCCGCACAAUACCGGCCGCGACCCAAGAGAAAUCAGGAUACCAGCUCUCUUCACCGCCGG